UUUAGACGCUGGUGGCUAAAUAUACAGAUCUAAGCUAAUGCCCCCUAUCGGCGAGUAAGUUGGUCGUGAUUAAGGAAAUCGUAAGUUAUUCAGACGAUAUCCUCUUAGCUAACUGUUAAAAGUUAUUUCGCAAAAAAGUGAUUUUUUCUAUUGAGUUCCCAAUUUGAGAUCCCAAUUUGAGAUCUCAAAUAAAUUAUGAGUUCAACCAGUUCAGAUAGUGGCAUCUAUGUUGGCCAAAGAUUUAACACCAUAAAUGAAUUAGAAAGUUUUAUUGAAGAGUAUGAAAAAAAAGAGUCAGUUCAACUGGUUAAAAGAACCACGAAAAAACAUGAUAACCCCGAUAUCAAGUAUAAAAAUUUGGUAAUCGUUUGCAAAGCUGGUGGACGUGAAUACAACACUAGGUCUAAAGGUUUGCGUCAAUCAAGGUCCUAUCUAUCGGACUGCCAGUUUAAAAUUAAUAUCAAUUCACCACCAAAUCAAAAUUAUUUGGUGGUAACAAGUAUGAAUGAACAACAUACUUGCCAGAUUGCUGGAAAUCCUGCCAUUUACUCGCGACUUCCGAGACAGAGACGACCAGACGAAGAGGCUGUUAAAAUGAUAAAAGAUGUGAAGCAGUGUCGUGGAAAUACUAAAUCUUUAGUAACCAAAUUGAAAGAUGAAUUUGGGAAAUUCAUUACCACCAAAGAUAUAGCAAAUCUGCUUGCUAAAGAAAAAAGAUCAAAUCGUGCCACUGAUCUCGAAAAAUUACUGGAUGCAAUGAGAUCCGUGCGUGAGAGCUCAAUUUUUAUUGAACACGAAUCGAACAUGGUAAAUUGUAUUUUCUUCCAAGACAGAUUUAUGCGAGAUCUCUAUUUGAGCUCCCCUGAGAUUCUAUUUAUUGAUGCAACUUAUAAACUCAAUCAAAAUCGGAUGUGUUUGCUCGUUUUCAUGGUUGUCGAUGGUAAUGGAGAAUCAGGAGUAGUUGGACUAGCUUUUUUGAAAAGUGAGUCAGAAGCUUGCACUUUAGCUGCUCUCGAAAGUUUCAAAAAAGCAGUUGGGACGGUUCAAGAAACUGAAAUCAUAAUGGCCGAUAAAGAUAUGGGGAAUCGCAAUGCUUUUGAAGAGGUAAGAUAUUUUGCACUUCCUCAUUGUAAAAUACAUAUUUGUAUUUUUCAUGUCAUCCAAACAUUCAUACGUGAAGUAACAUGCGGAAAAAGAGAUCUCAAUCCUGAGCAGAGAGACAAGGCUUUAGCUUUACUCAAAAACAUGGUUUACAGCGACAGCGAAGAAAAAUACUUACGUCUUUAUGAUGAGUUAUGCAGAAUGGAAAUCCCUAAAGUUAAAGAAUACUUUGAUGUGAACUGGCAUGGUAUUCGUGAUCAGUGGGCGAUGUUCGGCCAGAAUACGGUUUCACAUUUUAUGAAUAGAACCAACAAUAGACUCGAACGUUUCAAUCGCGAGUUACAGGAAGUUGUGGGUAAAUACAGUGAGAUCUCAGUUUCUUUUACUCAUAUUAUGACGGUCGUGCGUACUCUAAGAGAUAUUCGGAGUCAGAAAGCUAUCGAAAUGCUAGUGAAACAGCCACGGAUAGAUGUUUUAUGCCCUACAUUGAAGAAAUAUCAUGAACACCUAACUGACUACGCUUUUAAAAGGUUGAGAGUUCAAUUUGAGAUCUCACAUGAUUUACUCGAUUUUGAUGUGAUUGGAAAUAGUGCAAUGCACAGAGCGAAUGGCAAAAAUUAUAAUGUAACUCUGGAUGGCUGCUCCUGUUCGUUUUUCAAUGUGAUGAAGCUACCAUGCAAGCAUUUGUUAAAAUUAUUUCGAUUGUUGGAUAAAGACGACUUCAUUCCGGAGUUAUGUGAUCAACGGUGGACUUUAGCUCGCUUUAGAGAAAUCCAAAAAAAAUUACUCAAUCUUGAUGAAAGUGAUACACUUACUAUCGCAAAUAAAAAGCGAGAUCUCAUUCCGAGAUCUUUCUCUACAAAAUUCAGGGAACUGAAAUCUGUUUUACUGGAUAUUGCGGAUGUAGUUGCCUCUCAACCAAAUCAUAUUUAUGAGUAUGUAUUCAAUGAAGUAAAGACAUUGAAAGAAUCUUUGGAUGGCAAAAUUGCCGAAAUCACACAGGAAAUAAACCAAACAAGCGAGCAAGCUUCAAGUGAGAAGUGUUUCUGUGGAAUUGAUAAUCCAGAUUUAGCAAUCGACGGUUUCAUGUGUUUGCAUUGUCGUGCUAUCACACAUUCUACUUGCCAUGGCUUCCUUAAUUGUUUCAGUCCUGAUUACGAUACACGUUUCGAUCAAGAUCAAAAUCUUUCUUGCUGGCGUUGUCCGAUUGAGAAGUAUUCUGAUAUUAAUCUCAAAAGCCGCACGCCUUCUGAUCUAAGAAAACUUGGGUUGACAAGAUUAGCCAUUAAAAACCUCAUCAUAAACGGUAAUUUUGAAAUCGAGCCUGCCAUUCUGGAAACCCAAAAUAAAUUAGAUGUCAGUUGUAUGAAAACUCUGGUAAAACGCUUUUUCACGAAGAUAGAUCAAGUAACGAAUCUUGAUCUCAUUGAGAUAAUUUAUGGUGAUGUUAGCGAUGAUCAAGAUGCUCUAUCUGAGAUCUCAAACACAGAUGUUCAACCGGUUGCUCCACCAUUGCCAGCUGGUAUUGACCAUAGUUAUGCUGGUCAGAUUUCGCAAUUAGUUUUACCACCAGUCCAAAUCAAUAUUAGACCAAGAGGCUCACAAAAGGCUACUAAGAGCACAACUCUGAAAACAUUCAAUGAGUUGAAUGGCUAUAAUAAAAAGAAACGAAUGCUUUCAUGGUUGGGGUUGUCAAUAAAUACAGAAGCAAUCAUCACCGGCAAUGUAAAAAUUACUGCUGGACAUGUUGAUGGCAUUGACACGCUGGCAUUACAAAAAUUCAGGAAUGAUUUUGUUGAUCAAAAUCUCAUCGAGCAAUUUUUUGAAACCCAAGCGUUUGUUCAAUUCGGAAAUAUGUUAUCAUCACUAAAAAACAAACGCUGGCUCUGUCACGAAUGCAAAAAAACUACAGGCCAAAAGACAACCAUAGGAUGUGAUGUUUGUUUGUCAUGGUAUCACUUGAGAUGCGUUGGCCUCAAAAGUGCUCCAAAAACAGAAUUUUAUAAAUGCCCUGAGUGCGUUUGAUUCCAUUAUUUCUCUGCGCUUUAACUCUCUUAUUCUUCUUUCACAUUUUAUUUUAUAAAUUCAGCUUAUUUCGAGACCUCACUUCGAGAUCUCAUUUUGAGAUCUCACUUCGAGAUCUCAUUUCGAGAUCUCAUUUCGAGAUCUCAUUUCGAGAUCUCAUUUCGAGAUCUCAUUUCGAGAUCUCACUUCGAGAUCUCACUUCGAGAUCUCACUUCGAGAUCUCAAUUCGAAAUCUCACUUAAAAACUCACUUUGAACUCUCAAUUUAUUAAACAUUAAUUUCGUAUCCUUAACUAACUAUCUGUUUUAGAAUCCUUUUGUUGCCAAUAAAAAUUACAAUUACAUAUCUCAUUCAAUUUUCAAAUUUAUUUCAAAAUGGGUGAUGUUGUUGAGAACGAUUGGGCUUUUGCGAGAGUGAGAGAGUGUGAAAGAUUAAUUGAUGAACAAAAUGAACAAAUUUCAAGUCUACAGGCAAAAAUUACUAAUUUGAAAAAAAUCAAAACCAAAGUUGUCAAGGAGAAUAGAGAAAUAAAGAAAGAAUUGGAAAAUAUUAAAGUUCAAUACACUGGCCAUUUUAAAUAUUCUUGUGAAAAAUGUUCUUAUAUUACAUGUAAAAAAGCGAAUUUGGAUAGACACAAUAAUUCUUGUGAAAAAAAAAUUCGUUUUGACCGCCCUUCAAAAUGAUCUGCUAUUAAGGAUACUACUUAUAUCUAUUAACCGAUCCCAUUUCUGUGUAUUUAGAC